AUGCUCUUCUUUCACAAUAAGGAGAAUGAAAUAGUGUCGUCGACGGCAAGAGGUUGGGGAUAUGUCCGACAACUAUUUUUUUAUGGUAGUGAUGACUUUAAGGAUGAGGGGGAUCUCAGCCAGGGUGGCACAAAUGGGGGGAGGGGAGAAGGGGCGAAUGGAUUGAAGUUACAUCAAGGAGAAGGAAAGUGUUUCGAUUGGAAUCAAGGGGUCAGGACAUGUUUAUGGGCAGCAAACGACAACGAGAAAUACAGGCGGCGAACUUCAGAAGAGGUAGUGGAAGGGGUCAUUAAUAAGACAGGGAGGGGAGAUGAGGGAAAGGAAGACAACCUACCGGUGGGUAGAAAUUACGAGUUUAUUCCUGAAGACAUUGAUUGGGCUUGUAAUAGAGUGAUGGCUAGGAUUCGAGAUGGAGUUACAAUUUUGGUCCUUCAGUAA